CGACUCCACCUCUGUAUACUCCUAUAUUCUCCGACUCUUUCGUUCUCAUAAGCGCCUUUUCUGAGAAACAAUACUGCAAAGAUGUCCGCUCAGAACUCCGCAGGCAUUCAGACCCUCCUCGAUGCCGAGAGGGAGGCUCAGAAGAUUGUUCAACAAGCCAGAGAAUACCGCACGAAGCGCAUAAGGGAGGCAAAGUCCGAAGCACAGAAGGAGAUUGAGGAGUACAGAAAGCAAAAGGAGGAGGAGUUCAAGAAGUUCGAGGCUGAGCACUCGAGCGGAUACAAGAAGGCCGAGGAGGAUGCGAACAAGGAGGCUGAGGUGAAGCUCCAGGAAAUCAAGGAUGCUGGCAACGAGAGGGGUGGAAAGGUUAUUGAGACUCUUAUCCAUGCGCUGGUCGAUGUGAAGCCCGAGCCGUCCGAGAAGAUCGUGAUCAAGGCAUAGAGAGAUGAUGCCGGUUGUCAUUGCGGCAGCAUGAGGGGUUCUUGUUUGUCAUUUGCUUUCAGCCUGUGAAUAUAGUUCUGGCCCGCUGUUUGAGCAUUACAUAAAUUAUGUUGUAUCC